UCUAAUGUGCAGGAUUGGAUACAGUAUGAUUGCAGACGCAGAGGAAAAGGGCCUUAUCACACCUGGGCAGAGUGUCCUCAUUGAACCAACAAGUGGUAAUACUGGCAUAGGAUUAGCCUUCAUGGCGGCAGCUAAGGGUUAUAAGCUUAUCAUUACAAUGCCUGCUUCAAUGAGUCUUGAGAGAAGAAUCAUUCUUCGAGCUUUUGGAGCUGAGUUGGUUCUAACAGAUCCUGCAAAAGGCAUGAAAGGGGCUGUUCAGAAGGCUGAAGAGAUACUGGCUAAGACACCCAAUGCCUACGUACUUCAGCAAUUCGAAAACCCUGCCAAUCCAAAGGUACAUUAUGAAACCACUGGACCAGAGAUAUGGAAAGGCUCUGGAGGGAAAGUUGAUGCACUUGUUUCUGGGAUAGGUACAGGUGGUACCAUAACAGGUGCUGGGAAAUUUCUUAAAGAGAAGAACCCUAACAUAAAGUUGUAUGGUAUCGAACCAAUUGAAAGUCCUGUUCUUUCUGGCGGGAAGCCCGGUCCACACAAGAUCCAAGGGAUAGGUGCUGGUUUCAUUCCUGGCGUUUUGGAAGUCAGCAUCGUUGACGAAGUCAUUCAAAUAUCAAGUGAUGAAGCAAUUGAAACUGCGAAGCUCAUUGCACUGAAAGAAGGUCUAUUUGUGGGAAUAUCUUCUGGUGCUGCUGCGGCCGCUGCAAUUAAGAUUGCAAAGAGACCAGAGAAUGCUGGAAAGCUCAUUGUUGUGGUUUUUCCAAGCUUCGGGGAGAGGUAUCUGUCGUCUGUGCUGUUUGAGUCGGUGAGACGGGAGGCGGAAAGCUUGACUUUUGAGCCAUGAACUUUCCCCAGUUCCAAGCUAGUUACAACCUUCUGGCAAUGGAAUUUGAGUUGACAUGGAAGAGAGAGCAUGGUUUUAAGACUAGACAGAUGUAGGGUCUGGGUCGGUACCUUGGUUUUCUCCUGGUUCUCUCAAUAAGAUUGUAUUGAAUUAUUAGAUAUUUAAUGUCUGAAUUGCAGAAUGCUUUCCAGGACUGAUUCUGAAAUUUCAGUUGUUGAGAUAUUGUUCAAUUGUUUGUGGGCUUAAACAUCAUUGCAAAUAAAUGCAAGUUUUUGAGAUGCUGGACGCAAGCUUCUCUAACUUACGGU